CAAUCCAGAUUAUUAACGUCAGCUUGUCCCCUUCUCCUUCCAGAUCACGUGAAGCAAUCAGGGGGAAAGGUCCUGGUCCACUGCGAAGCAGGCAUCUCACGCUCACCUACUAUCUGCAUGGCGUACAUCAUGAGGACGCAGCAGCUGCGGCUCGACGCAGCCUUCGACAUCAUCAAGCAGCGCCGGGCAGUCAUUUCACCCAACUUCAGUUUCAUGGGUCAGCUGCUGCAGUUUGAGUCAGAGGUCCUGUCCAUGGCUCCGGCUCACACUGCCACACCUGAACCGGCCACACCCUGCGUCCCAGAAUCUGCCUCUUUUUUUGCCAACGACUUCGCCACCACCUUCAACACCAAAAACUUUGAGCCAUCCGUGAUCACCCUCCCUACCUCUUACCUGCAGUCUCCGGUCCACCACCAGUUCAAACUGAGCCCAAUAACUGCACUGCCUUAAAAUGAACUGUGACUGCUUGUAGUCUUACUUGAAAAAAUAAAUAAAAUAAAAUAAAUGCUCUCUGUGUGCCUGGUGUUGAAACCAGCAGAGCAGAUAGACUGGAGAUCAGCAACAUAAGAGUCAAGAUAAUAGUGUUGUGUUCAUGGAACUUGAGGCCUAUGAAAUGAAUGGGCUGCAGGAGGCAUCGAUGCUGUUUUCCCGUCUUCUGACCUGCAGAGAUGUAACAACACAGCACAGUGGUAAACUGCAAUAUACAUGCCUUAGGUUGAUAUUGUGAUUCAUUUGCCUAUUCACAAAUAAAGAAAGGCAUUUAAAACCUAAUUUAUUUGAAAAUGACAGUCCGUCUGAUUUUUUCCAAUAAUGUGGAUGUUAAUAUGUGUUUAAUAAAUGUUUUCACCACAACAAUAAA